AUAUUUUUAUUGAAAGGUCAAAUUUAUUCACUUCAAGAAAACAAACUAACCAAUGUAAAGAAAUAUGUGAGUGUCCUAAAACAAAAUAUUAUGCUAUAAUUGUAAACACAGUUCUGAUGUUAUUAUUGUUAUAAGAACAUGGACACAGUUUAAUGCUUAAAAGAAGCUAUAUACUGUGACAUGGAUAUGGAACCGACUAUUAAAACAGAAAUGUUAGGUGACAAAAAUAGAAAUAAUUCUAAUAUCUGUUUAACUGUUGAACUGUGUGUUGUUUGUGGAGACAGAGCAUCAGGGAGACACUAUGGGGCAAUUUCCUGCGAAGGUUGUAAGGGAUUCUUCAAAAGGUCAAUUCGUAAACAAUUAGGAUAUCAAUGCAGAGGUAACCAGAAUUGUGAGGUUACCAAACAUCAUAGAAAUAGGUGUCAAUAUUGCAGACUACAAAAAUGCCUUGCUUGUGGAAUGAGAAGUGAUUCUGUGCAACAUGAACGAAAACCUGUCAUUGAUAAGAAAGAAUUCCCUAGUAAUAAUGAUAUUAAGUUUAACCAAUCUACUGUAAAUGUCGUUAAAAAAAUAUUUAUAAGAAAAGACUUAAAUUCAGAGUAUGGGCUCCUACCUCCAUUUUGUCCUAGUGAUUUGGGCCUUCAGUUUUUAAAUCAAGGAAUAGCUAACAGCAGUGCUACCUCUGAAUCCUUUCACCUAUCACCUAGUCAUGCAAGUAUGGAAGAUGAUGUUUCCAUGGAUAGUGCCCAUACUGGAACUGAACUUAAUGAUGCUUUAACUACUGCUAGAGACAAGCAGCUUAUUUCGAAGGCUUUAGAUACGAUGGCUAGAGUUCAAUGUUUGAAUGGAACUAAUAUAAAUGCUUUGAAUAAUGAAGAAAAAUGUUUUGAUUAUGAUGGACCGAUCCUUCAGGAACAAAAUAUGUCUUUUAAUUUAUUGAUACCAGGACCUGUACCUCCGUACUUAAAUAUUCAUUAUAUUUGCGAAAGUGGAUCUCGGCUGUUAUUUUUAUCAAUUCACUGGGCCAAAAACAUACCUGCCUUUCAGUAUUUAAGUUCAGAGACGCAAAUUGCUCUAUUAAAAAAUUGCUGGGCCGAACUCUUUACACUGGGAUUGGCGCAGACUUCUCAGUCUUUAUCACUACCAACCAUUUUAUCAGCUCUUAUCAGUCAUUUGCAUGCAUCAAUAGCAAGAGACAAAAUGUCGGCUGUGAAAGUAAAACAAGUGACUGAUCAUAUAGUGAAGCUACAAGAUUUUGUUACGAGUAUGAAUAGAUUACACGUCAAUGAAAAGGAAUAUGCCUUUUUGAAAGCUUUAACACUAUUUUCAUCUGAUCAACCAGAUAUGUUAAUGAAAAAACCUAUUGAAAGGUUGCAAGAGAAGUCUUUUCAAGCCUUAAGACAUUAUUUAGCUACAAAUUUUCCUGAAGAUACUGAUAGAUUUCCAAGGUUGUUAUUGUGUUUGCCCCCACUUAGAGCAGUGGAAUCCAAUAUUAUAGAAGAAUUAUUUUUCGCCAGUUUGAUUGGGCAAGUUCAAAUAGAUAGUGUGAUUCCUUAUAUACUUAGAAUCGGAAAUUCCGUAUCUGCUUCCAGUAACAAUAGAGCUGUCAAAACAGAACACCUAGAUGAAUUUUUAUGUAAAUAGAGUAUAUUUUUUACGUCUAAUAUUUAUGAAUUUUUAUAAGGAAUGUAUUUUUGUCAAGUCAUACCUUUGUUUGGAGAUGUGUGGCAGAUGGAAUGUUUUCUAUUAAUAUGAUUUUUAUUUGCAAGUUUGUCACAAGGCCUUGAAAUAACCAUAAUAAGUUUGAUGACUAUUUUUGAUAGCAAUUUUUGUGGUUUUGGAUCUCUAUCUAUAUCUUAUAGUAAAGAACUGAAUAUCAUGUCACAGAAGAAUCAUAUUUCUUAUUUUCAUAAAAGAAGCCAGUUCAAAUAAAGUUUAAUUUUAUAUAUUUGAAUGAUAGUAAAAAUACAAAUUUACACCAAGAUGAAAGUUUUCAGGAAUUAUUUGAUUUAGUGCUUUCUAGAUUUUUAUAUCGUUAGAAAAAUAUGAGCUGUGUAACCUUGAAGUUUGAAAGUUGGUUUUUGCGAAAUUCUUGGACUGGCUAGUAUUACAUAGAAAAUACAGAAUUUAUGAUCUUCGUCAUUGUAGUUGCCCUUUUAAGAUUUGCAAUAAAGUUUGUGAGUUAUGC